UCACAGUGACCUCAUACUUCAUAUAUUGGAUGUCCGAACCGGCAUCCACUAAAUAUUCCGCCAUUCUUCAAUCCGCAGCGCAACCAUAUAUCCAAUACAUCUAUUCAGCAUCUGUCAAUCUGACCUCUGUCUCCUUCACGGGUCCGACGCGCGCCGCAGAGCUUAAAGGAUGAAGAUUGAAAACAGCCUGCCUUGCUCUCAGCUCCCUGAGGCUCCUCCUCAGACCGGCCUACAGUUUACAGUGGCCACAGAAGAGGACUUUGAUGACAUUAUGGCCAUGAGCAAGGACAUCUAUGGCGGUCUGGACUAUCUGCCCUCCCGCUAUCAGGCUUGGCUGCAAGAGAGCAACCGCACUGUCAUUUUGGCUCGCAAGCAAGGGAAAGUGAUUGCGCUGGAGUCAGUGUGCGUCAUCGAUGAUGGCGAGACCAUGCUGGUGGAAGGGCUUCGUGUCGCCCCACAGGAGCGGGGGAAAGGUGUAGCUGGGGUACUUCUGAGGUUUUGUUCUCAACUGGUCAAGUCCAAGUACCCUGACGUUAAAGUCAGCAGACUGACCAGAGACGACCAACUGGGGCCAAAAGACUUCCAGAAGUACCGGCUCAUUACCAAACAGGGAAUCCUCCUGGUACGCUUCCGUGCUGAAGACCUAAAAUUACGCCUUGGUGAUCUCGGGCCCAAUAUCAGUGUAGCAGGAGAGGCUUUGUCCACCGCAAACAUCCCGGUCUGCUUGGAGCCAGCAGAAGUGCAUCAGCUCUUCUUAAGCGAUGUGCUAAUGCAGGACGUCCUACCCAAUGCCACCAUCGUUCAAGACUGGCAGCCUUUCAAGCCUCUACCCAGCAACAUGGCCAUCCUGAUGAAGAAGGACAUCGAUUGGAUGGUCGACGAUGCCAAGCGCCCAACCAUGACCAGCUUGUGCACCUUCCCAUUUCACGUGCCAAUCGGUGACGACUGGUACUACCUCAACAUCGACAUGUUUGGUAAAAACCUGACACUGGCCAUCCAGCAGCUGCUGUGCCACCUGAGGCGCCACACUGGCACUCUGAAGGGUUACGUCAUGUGCCAGGUGUUCAUGGAGCCUGCGCUGUGGAAGCCGAUGGCCGAAUUCUUUCGGGAGACCCUAAAAGUUGAGCUGGUCAAGGAGUACACGGAGCAGUGCGUCGUGGAGUCCGACGUCAUUUAGUCGAGGAGCUGCAGAAACACUUUCCCUUCAAUUUAGACGCCAAACCUAAAUAGUAAACAAAAGGAAAUUUAACAGCUCUUUCAAAUAUGGCACCUAAAAUAUCUACUUUAAAGGGACGAAAAAAGCUUCAGUUCUAUUCCGCUUAAUGAAGUAAUUAUCAUAGGAUCUAAUUUAUUUUAAUGACAAUGAGUAAAUUAACUAAUUAAAAAUGAAACGCAUGUAAGAGAACAAACUAGAAUAAACGUAGUUGACGCUUGUUUAGGUUACCUAAUUUAUUUCCAUAUGCAGUACUGUAAACGGUGGCGCUGACAGGACAGGGACCGGGAAAGAGGGGAGCGGUUUUAGAUUAUAUAUGUAUAAAAAUGGGGACCCAAACUGUUCCAGGCCUGUUUAUUUCUGUCGGCAUCGCUGACAGUGAAAGCAUAUUUACUCAUGCUGAGUUGAAAAGAAAACUGCACAAUCUUUAGGGCACUUUAUGAAAAAACAAAUAAUACUAAUGGGAUCUCACUUUAGUGUCUGUUGCUUUUUAAGAACGUGGCACUGUAGCUGCUAGUGUAUUUGGAGGGAAAAACAAACAAAACAUUUUAAUGGGACUUUAUGACAGCCCAUACAUAGAUUGAAAUGUUCUUUAAAGGCAGUUUGAAUUAAUUCGAAAUAACUAACAUUUCCACAUUGGGAAAUGGACUCUCAGAAUAGACACCUUUCUGAUGCGCUCCUUGAAAAAUUGUCUUUAAUAGUCGUUCCUCUAGAAGUACUUCGCAGUGCUUUAAACUCGGUAUCAUAUUAUAAAUGUCUGGCUUAUACAUUUAGAUGACAGUCUCAUGUUUUUUGCUUUAAGUACUUGAACCUGUUUGCUAAAAUGAAGUAUUUGUACCUAACUGUAGUUUCAAAGUGCAAUUUCAAUAAUACACUGGAAUAUUGCUAGAAGUACAUUCAGUUAGAUACUAUUAAUAACUAAUAAUGAAACAAUGUCGUGUUUUUUUUUAUUUCAUUCAUAUUUCUUUUUACGUAAUUAUAAAUUGUUUGACAGGAUCACAAUUAAACAAAGAAGGCAGGUCAACUAAAUUUAGGGAUCCACCGUUAGGUUAAAAAAGAAAUCAGUGUAGGCAUCACUGUAUAGUGACUUUCUUCAAUCAAGUACCUAUGAAUCAGAAGAAACGUGAUCUUAAGAAAAUUCAAGUUCUGGAAAUCAGAAAACAAAAAUCUCAUUUUCUGGACAAUCGGAAAACUGAGCAACACCAGUGAUAACCACUCUUUUUUUUUUAAGCUAUCAGAAAAUGAAACUCGUAUAUUCUGGACUAUUGGAAAACUGACCAAGUGACAACCACUCAUCUACGCAGAUUUUUAUUUAAUUAUUUAUUUUUCUUAAUCAGGAAUUGGAAACAUGAGCAAAACAAGAUGCUCGUAUCUACAGAUACAUUUUUUUUUAGAUUGACAGCGCUCAUUUUUAUAAUACAGAACACACAGGACAUAAUGUCCUUCAACCGGCUUUGUUUUGAAAGAAAGUGAAGUGAAUUAUUACCAACAUGCAUAAAGAAGAACAGAAAUUCCUCACAAGUUAAUUUUGCGGUUAAUUUGCCCCAAACGCAGAUUGCAGGAGGAUCUUUUCCCUGAAGCACUGAAUGACAGACACACAUCAGGAAAGGCAAAUACUCAUUUUCUGCUUCUAACUGGAAGGUUAAACGCAACAUCUUUCAUUAGUGUAUAUACAUUUAAUGUGGAUUUUGAGUUUCAGAAUCAGAUUCUUCAUCCACAAAAUUAAUUUCUUUAUUCUUUUUGCUAAUGAUGUGUCUGGUGGACUUAUUUUGUGCCCUUUCAUGAACUCUCCACAUCCACUGACGGAAAAGGAGGCCUCCACUCCUCCUUCAUUUGGACAGAGGCAUUAUGGGACUUGUAUUGCGGUCAGAAUUCUUAAAUGGCAAACAGGCAGCCUUUUUUAUUUUGAAAGUCAUGCCAUUUUACAGAUUAUUAAGUGAAAUUCAAACAGCAGUUUCUUGCAUUUGUAAAGGUGUACAUAUAUAUAAAUGUAUAUGUUUGAUUUGAAAGGGAAUCUUUGUUCAUAUCUCAAAAUCCUUCAUGCCGGCUGUGUGCUUUCAGAGGAAAGAUCAAUUUCAAAAAUAAAUAGUCGAGAAGCACAAGAAAUAUGCUUCGGUUUGUCAAGACAAUGACAUUUUCUCAACUUCAAACAGUCUCUUUUGGCCUUUAAAAGCUACUAAAUGCAUCCUUGCUACUUUUAAAUAGUCUAUUUCUCCUCUCAAGCACUUGUCAUGAUGGAUUAGAGACCCAAAAUGUGUAUUUUUGUGUUUGUACAUAGUGCCGUGCAUUUAGAUUUUAAUUGUGCUGUAAUCGGUCAUUUUAUUUUUCAGGUUUGGUCACUAGCCUCAUAUUUCGCUGUUACUUUUCUUUUGCCACUUUUAUUCUGCUUGACAUCUGAUCCAGUGGUCAUUUAAGACUAUUUCUCUCUUUUUAUUUGUUGUUUUAAUCUUUCAGCUCCACCUUUUAGCACUUCUGAUAGUCUAAUUGCCUUUCUAAGUAUUUGUGAAUUGUGCAGGAGCUUGUAACUCAAUAUUUUACACAGGUCCCGGUGCCAGGGCCAUGAGACUAUAAAAGGUUAGAGGCAUGUGACCACCUGAUGGCGAAGCGAUGUAAAGGAUACUUGCCCCUUGUUUCACUGGCACGCAAGGAGUGAACUCUAAACCCAAUUCUUUCAAUUAUGAAGUGGCUUUUCACUUUCUUUUUCUGGAAUGGAAAAAAAGAUUGCAGGGAGAGACGUGAGAGAUUAAAGCCGGGGCUAGGAAUAGAUGACGAUGUGAUCCAGAUCAUGUUACCACUCCAAAUAGGAGUAAUCGUUCAUUUUGAAUUGUGACAAUGACUGGGGACUAUUGCAAGGAAUUAUUUACAAUGCUGUAUUUGUAAUAUAAAAAAGGGAAAUAAUCUUUA